AUGUCGUGCUACCAACACCAGUUUUGCCCUCCAGUCUACCAGGAUGCCAUCAAGUACCCACCGAUGUACACUACUAGACACCUGCCAGUGCCUACCUGGCACUCGACGCUGUGCAUCCCACAGUAUGUGACCCCCUGUGUCCCCCGGCAGCAGACCACAUCCUCCAGCUUCUCCCAGCAGCAGUGUGUGACCCAGUGCAUGCCAAGGCAGCAGCAUGCAACCAAGUGUGUGCCUCAGCAGCAGCAGCUCCUGACCCAGCACAUCCUCCAGCAGCCACACGUCACCCGCUGCAUGACAACCUGCAUCCCGCAGCAGCAGCAUGCGACCAUGGGCAUGGUGCAGCAGCCCUGUGUGACCAGAUGCAUCUCACAGCAGCAACAUGUGAGCACAGGCAUGGUGCAGCAGCCCUUUGUGACCAGAUGCAUCUCACAGCAGCAACAUGUGAGCACAGGCAUGGUGCAGCAGCCCUUUGUGACCAGAUGCAUCCCACAGCAGCAGCACGCAACCACAGGAAUGGUGCAGCAGCCCUGUGUGACCAAAUGCAUCCCACAGCAGCCGUGUGCCUCCAGAUGCAUGCCCUACCUGACCAAGGGCAUCCCUCAGCAGCAGUGUGCGACCAAGUGCAUCCCACAGCAGUGUGUGACCACGUACAGCCUGCAGCAGCCGUGCACGACCCGGUGUGUCACCACGUGUGUCCCGCAGCAACGUGCCACCAAGGGCGUCUCGUACAAGUAUGUGACCUCCCAUGCCCCACAGCAGUGUGCCACCACCCACAUCCCACAGCAAAGUGCAACCAGGUGUGUGACCAAGUGUGUCCCACAGCAGCGGGACACCAAGCGCGCCAGCAUCUGUGUCCCACAGCAGUGUGAGACAGCUUGUGUCCCCCAGCAGUGUGCCACCAAGUGUGCCACGCAGCAGCAGUGUGCCAUCAAGAGUGUGCCACAGCAGUGUGCCACCAAAUGUGCCCCCCAGCAGCAGUGUGACACCAAGAGUGUGCCACAGCAGUGUGCCACCAAAUGUGCCCCCCAGCAGCAGUGUGCCACCAAGAGUGUGCCACAGCAGUGUGCCACCAAAUGUGCCCCCCAGCAGCAGUGUGAGACCAAGAGUGUGCCACAGCAGUGUGCCACCAAAUGUGUCCCACAGCAGCAGUGUGCCACAAAGAGUGUGCCACAGCAGUGUGCCACCAAGUGUGUCCCACAGCAGUGUGUGACCAAGUGUGUCCCCCAGCAGUGUGCCACCAAAUGUGUCCCACAGCAGCAGUGUAAGACCAAGAGUGUGCCACAGCAGUGUGCCACCAAGUGUGUCCCACAGCAGCAGUGUGUGACCAAGUGUGUCCCACAGCAGCAGAGUGUGACCAAAUGUGUCCCACAGCAGCAGUGUGCCACUAAGAGUGUCCCCCAGCAGUGUGCCACCAAGUGUGUCCCACAGCAGCAGUGUGUGACCAAGUGUGUCCCACAGCAGAGUGUGACCAAGUGUGUCCCCCAGCAGUGUGCCACCAAGUGUGUUCCACAGCAGCAGUGUGCCACCAAGUGUGUCCCACAGCAGAGUGUGACCAAGUGUGUCCCCCAGCAGUGUGCCACCAAGUGUGUCCCACAGCAGCAGUGUGUGACCAAGUGUGUCCCCCAGCAGUGUGCCACCAAGUGUGUCCCACAAUGUCAGUCAGGUGGAGUAAAAAUUUCGAGUCACUCUAAGAAGUACUGCUCUGCCCCCAAAUGGCCCUGGUAG